GAGUUUAAUUAGGCGCGUGAUGAUGACAUGUCGGUUGUUGUGGCUGUGCCUUGUGGUGGCAAUAGUUCCAGCUAUGGCCAAGCCAUCGGAUGCGGAUGAUCCCUUUGCCGACGACUUGACUUCGGAUUACGCCAAGCAAAUCAUCGUGCAAGCAAAAAUAGCCGAAAUCGAGACCAUGUUGAAGCCGGAGGUAUCGCCCUGCGACGACUUCUAUACCCAUGCCUGUGGAAACUGGCAUCGCCACAAUCCCGCCCAGUUGUUCGGCAACGUCAUGACCGACAGCUUCCAGUUGAUAACCAAGGGAUUCGAUCGACGUCUCCAGCGGCUGUUGCGUUCCAAUGACCUGCAAUCCGAGCUGGAGAAGAAGAUGCAGCGUUUCUACCUGUCCUGCACCCUGGUCCACCGCGACGAUGUCCUCUACAAGCUGGCCCUGCAGAACGUCAUAAGGGAGUACGGAGGACUACCGGCCUUGGUUGGGGCCCAGUGGAACUCUUCCGACUUCAGUUGGUGGCGAACGGUGGCCCAGAUACAGCACAAGUACGGAAAACAGAUCAUUCUAGGCCUGGAUAUCACGCGCGAUAUCCGGAACACAUCGGUGAACCGCGUGUACAUAGGACAGCCAGAUUUUAAGGUAUUUAACACACACCUAAUGACUCUUCUGGCGGAGGCCCGCACAUCCAGCGAUCUGCAACAGUACUUCGGCCUGAGUCCCAGCGUGGCAAAACACACAGCCCAGCAAAUCAAUGAGUUGGAGAGAACUUUCUCGGCCGGUGUCUCUGGUGCAGCGACUCUGCAGGCAGCACUCUCCCUCUAUACGGUGGCCGAUCUUCAAGAGAAGUACAGCGACCAGCUGAAUUUCACCGAAUUCCUGGGCCUGAUCCUUGGCGAGGAAAACAUUCCUGAUUCGGUGUACAUCUAUGACGAGGGGAGUCUGGAUAAUGCACUUCUGGCCAUGAAAAGCACACCGCUGGCCACACAGGCAAACUAUGUUAUGUGGACGCUGCUCGAAGACUUUCUGGCGGACGCCAAACCAAGCGACAUGGCUAAGUGGUGCACUGAAUCGACCAAGAAGUAUUUCGGAAAGCUGGCCGAGCACGCGGUGUACGAGCGUUAUCGCAGCCCGGUUGUGGAGUCGGAAGUUCACAAGAUCUGGUAUCAGAUCAAAGGCAUCUUCCGGCAUCAGCUGUUAGGCGACAAACUGGACUGGAUAUCCAAUGCCACUAGGUCGUUGGCCAUCGCUAAGUUGGAUCGUAUGCAGUUGAACAUCAACUCCUACGACGAGGAGAACUUCGAGGAUGUGUAUGGAGAGGUGUCCAUAGAUCGCCUUAAUUACGUUUCGAAUGUCCAGCAGGUGCUCAUUGCCAAGGGCAUCGGUUUCGUGGCAAGGAUUAAUCAGCCGGCAAACUCAAUAGAUGCUACAGAGCUUCUCGCGCUUACUCCCGCCUACGACAUUCAGGAGAACAACAUAACGAUCCCGGUGGCUCUGCUGCAGCCACGAUAUUUCUGGGGUGACCAGUAUCCGGAGGCGUUUAAGUACUCCACUCUAGGCUACCUCCUCGCCCACGAGAUGUUACAUGGCUUCGAUGACGAUGGAGGGCAGUACGAUGCAUCUGGCAACUUGGCGCCUUGGUGGGACUCGAAAUCCCGCUACGAGUUAGAGGAACGCCGCAAGUGCUUCCAGGCUCAGUAUCACGAGUACGUGUACGGCGGAUCGCAGCUUCCGGAGAGAAAGGAUCAGUCGGAGAACAUAGCGGACAAUGGAGGCCUUAGGUUGGCCUUCGCCGCCUACGAGUUGUGGCUGGGUCAGCAAUCCGAGGAGGUGCUUCAUCGGGAAACCUUUGAGGGUCUGCCCUACAACAGUCGCCAGCUUUUCUUUUUGGGAUACGCUCAAUUGUUCUGCGAUGACGUGCAGUCCACCUUCCAGCACUGGAUGACUCAUUUGGAUUCGCAUGCACCCAGUAAGUACAGGGUGAUCGGACCGCUGUCCAAUUUCCAGGAGUUCUCCUGGGUCUUUAACUGCUCUCAAUCGGCGCACAUGGAUCCUGAGUACAAGUGCGCCAUCUACGGAUAAAACCCUCUAAAAUGCAUCCAGUUUUUAUUUAACUAAGUGAGCUGUGGUUUUAUUUAAUGUAGUAAGCUCAAAUUUCUAUUACAUUCAGGAAUGAAAAAUAAACAAACAAAUAUAAUUCUGACACAUAUGACAUUAAUUCUGAAUGUGUCUAGAAAUGUAAGCAAAGCAGCUUUAUCAAUGAGAGUGCGUAUAAAUAUAUAGACGGUCAUGGCUAUAUAGACGCUCUGAUAAUUGCUGUUGACAUAUGUGCAUUUUAAAUCUUCGAGAAGUAAUAGAAGACAGUGUCCUAAUCUUUAA